AUGUACGCCCCAGAUGCUGCCACUUUCAGGCGCAAACCCCUGCCGGGUCCUCCCCCGGGCCCGCCGCCGCCGCCGCCGGAUUUCGACCCCUUUCCCCAACGCCACCAGCCCCUCCGCGGCGCCCGGUCGACGCCGAAUCUUCGGCAGUCUGCCACGCCGUCCAUCUACGACCCGCCCCCGGCAUACGAGGAGUUCCCGGGCGUAAAUUCCCGCGGCCGGCUCGCCGUCGACCCCCCCAUUGGUCCUGGUCCCAGGUCCGGGAGGGCGCCGUCGCCGUCGCCGUCGCCGCGGCAAGAGUAUCGGCCGUAUCGGCCGCAAGCACCGCCGUCUUCCGGUCGCGGAGAGCAAUCGGCGUCCUUUCCCUUGCCCUCGCCGGCACCGUCGGCUUUUGGAGGGUACCCAGCCGAGCCUGCCAAGUCUGCGCGUCCCGAGAUACUGCCGUACCGGCCGCCGCAGCCUUCAUCGAACUUCGGCCCUGGCGGCCGGCCGUCGCCUGCACCGUCAGACUAUGAAGGAUACUUCCCCGGGCCCCCCGUGACCGCUCCCCCUGAAAAGUCGCCUUACCAGCUCCAGCCGUCCUCGACGUUUAAUUCUGGGAAGCAGUCGCUCGCGCCGCCCAGUCCCGGUCCCUACUUCCCCGCGCCCACGACGACGGCGACGACGGACUCCCAGGCCACGGCGGAAAAGUCCUUCUGGCAGACGGCCCUCGAGGAGACGAAAUACUUCGCCGGCGGGCUCGUCAGCCACCCGUUCGAGUACACCAAGCACCACUCCAUCCUCCGGCACUCGGGCGCGCUCGUCUGGUACCGCGGCCCGUCCACCUCCGUCACCGUCACCGUCUUCUCGGACGCGCCGCUGCCGCCGACGCGCACCGUCUGGCUCCAGCAGAAGGGCUUCUCGGGCAACAUGGGCAUGAACCUCAAGUCGCUCGUCGGCGCCACGACGUCGUGGCUCGACGUCACGCCGUCGACGCGCGCGGCGCCCGCCGACCUCGCCGACGCCGACGAGAGGGGCUGCCAGCGCGACAUCAGAAAGUUCCUCAGGAAGGCGCCCAAGAACCUCGCCGCCCACGCGCCCAGGGAGACCCACGUCGUCCGCAUCCCCGCUGCCGCCGACGACGGCUACUUCCGCCUCGUCCUCUGCUCGGGUGGCGGCGGCGACGGCACGAAGCGGAAGGUCCUCUGCCCAAGCCCCGUAUUCCGCGUCGCCAGCACCUCGACGGACGCCAGCGUCGUCCGCGGCGCCAGCCUCGCGAGCAUGCCCCUCGAGAUCGGCAUCAAGGCCGGCUCCGUCGUCGCGGCGACCGUCGUGAACAAGUACAUCGGCCCGGCCGCCGCCGUCGUGCAGGCGCGCGCCAAGACCCUCUCCAAGGCCAAGGUCGUGACCAAGCACGCGGCGCACGCCGCCAACAUCGCGCACGUCGCGCAGGUCAAGGGCGGCAUCGACAAGUCCGGCAUCAGGACGCACGUCGCGGCCUUCGAGGACCGGUACGCGGCCGCGCGCGGCGCGGGCUACGACGCGUGGCAGUCGGGCGACGCCGCGGGCGCCGGGUUCCAGGAGGCGCCCCCCGAGGUCGUCGGCUCGGACGACGGGCCGAGCGAGCCGUUCCCGAUCAAGUUCGACGGGAGGGUCGCGCGGGGCACCGGCCGCGGCGGGGCCGAGCUAGGCGUGCCCACGGCCAACCUGACGGACGUGCCCGGGGACGUCAGGGUGCGGAUGCGGGGCGUCUACUUCGGCUGGGCGCGCGUUGUGUUGCCCGAGGCGAUGGCGACGACGGUGUCGGCCGACUGGCACGAGAGCCUCGUGACGGUCGGCCCGGCGCCGUACGCGACGCCGCGGGUAGCGGCCAAGAACGUGGCGACGGUGCACCUGAUCCACGAGUUCGGCGGGGCGCAGUUCCUCGGCGCGCGGCUCAAGGUGCUCGUCAUGGGCCAGCUGCGGGCGUCGGCGCCGCCGGCGGACGGUUCGGACGCCGCGCUGGCGGCCUACGGCGCCGACGUGCUGCUCGCAGUGGCCAGCCUGAGCCGCGAGAACUGGGGGCCCGAGGAGACGCGGGAGAGGCUGCGGGCGACGCGGAGCGAGAUGAGCCUGGCGGACCGGUACGUCGAGGCGAGGGACCGCGUGCAGAAGCAGGUCGACCGGGUGCCGCUGCACCUGGCGGGGGUCAGGACCGAGGGGGCCGCGUUGAGGGACCGGGCGUUUGGGAACGGGGGGCUCUGGAUCCCGAGGUGA